UGCCAGGACAUGCUCAACAACAAGGUGCACCUGCAGUUCCACCUCACACACCUGCACAGCGUCGCCCCCGACUGCGUGGACAAGCUCAUCGCCACGGUGGCCGCGUCGGAGGUCCUGCCGGCGAGCAUGUUCAUCCCGGUCCCGGCUCCAGAGCGGGACGGACGCGACACGCCACAGGCUGUGGGCACCUCCAGCUCUGAGGACGCCAGGAAACCCACGGAGAGCUCAGAACCGGAGUCUGAGAAAGUGGCCCUGCCUUCCUCCGAGGCAGCCGAAGCCCACGCGUCCCCCCUGGAGGAGCAGCAACAGACGAUGACGACAACGACGAAGGACGACUCCGCCGGCUUCCUGUGCUGGAAGAAAGGCUGCAACCAGGUCUUCAAGUCCUCCAACGCCCUCCAGACGCACUUCAACGAGGUGCACAACAAGAGGCCGCAGCUCCCCGUCUCGGACCGCCACGUCUACAAGUACCGCUGCAACCAGUGCAGCCUGGCCUUCAAGACGGUGGAGAAGCUGCAGCUGCACUCGCAGUACCACGUGAUCCGCGCGGCCACCAUGUGCUGCCUCUGCCAGCGCAGCUUCCGCACGCUGCCCGCCCUGAAGAAGCACCUGGAGACCAGCCACCUGGAGCUGAGCGAGGCCGACAUCCAGCAGCUCUACGGCGGGCUGCUGAUGAACGGCGACCUCAUGGUCAUGGGCGACCCGACGCUUGGCGAGGACCAGGGCCCCCUCGGCGAGGACGAGAAGGAAGGGGAGGACAGCGACGCGGAGGAGAAGCAGAGCCCCACGGGCAGCGACUCGGGCUCCGUCCUGGAGGACUCCGGGCAGGAGCCGAAGCGCGCCCUGCCCUUCAGGAAGGGCCCCAACUUCACCAUGGAGAAGUUCCUGGACCCGUCCAGGCCGUUCAAGUGCACGGUGUGCAAGGAGUCGUUCACCCAGAAGAACAUCCUCCUCGUCCACUACAACUCCGUGUCGCACCUGCACAAGGUGAAGCGCGCCCUGCAGGAGUCCACCGCCGGCCACCCCGAGCCCACCAGCAGCCCGGACAACAAGCCCUUCAAGUGCGGCACCUGCAACGUGGCGUACAGCCAGAGCUCCACCCUGGAGAUUCACAUGCGCUCGGUCCUCCACCAGACCAAGGCCCGCGCGGCUAAGCUCGAGGCGGCGGGGACCUCCGGCAGCUCCAUCGGCUCUUUGGGCGGCGGCGGAGGGAGCUCCUCCGUCGGGACGUCGUCGUCUAGCCCCAGCCCGGCCGCCAACUUGACGACCGCCAUGGCCAACAGCUCUUCGUCCUCCGUACAGACUGUGCAAAGCAUCCUGGGUGGCGGUCACGCGAGCCAGUCCCACGGCAUGGACGGCCUGGGAAACUCCGCGGCGGCCUGUCAGCCGUCCCCGUCCGAGAACCACGACUCGAAGAAGAAGUUUGCGGACAUGCUGUCCUCGAGGAGCCAAGUGCAGCAGCAGCUGCAGCAGCAACAGCAGCAGCAGCAGCAGCAGCUGGCCCAGGCUCAAGCGCACGCCCAGGCCCAGCUCCAACAGGAGCUCCAGCAGCAAGCUGCCCUCCUCCAGUCCCAACUCUUCAACCCAGCUCUCCUCCAGCACUUCCCCAUGACGACGGACGCUCUUCUCCCCCUGCAGCAGCAGCAGUUGCUCUUCCCCUUCUACAUCCCCGGGGCGGAGUUUCAGCUGAACCCCGAGCUCGGCCUCAACAGCUCCGCACUCGGCAUGGCCGGCUCCUCCACCUCCUCCCUGCUGGAGGACCUGAAGAACUCCGCCCAGCAGGCCCAGCAGAGCUGCCUGCAGCAGCAGCUGCUGCACCACCACCUGCAGCAGCAGGUGCACUCGCAGGCUCAGGGCCAGAUGGCUCUGCUCCAGCAGAACGCCUCGCUCCUGCACCAGGUCGAGAAAAAAACGUCCAAGCACGCGUCCCACGGCGAGAAAGACCGGGACAGGCAGAGGGACAAAGAGGUCAACGAGAAGGUGGACGACCACCAAUCGGAAGAGGGCAUGGACGGUAUCAAAAAUAAAGAGAAGAAGGAUCAGCCCCAGACGUCCACGGCGGUCAACCACGAUCCGAGCUUUCCACCUCCCAGGAUCGCUUCCGAUGCUCGGGGAAAUGCCACCAAAGCCCUUUUGGAGAACUUUGGGUUUGAGCUGGUCAUCCAAUACAAUGAGAACAAGCAGAAGGUGCAGAAGAAGUUGUCGGGAAUGGGACCCGCGGGGCCGAGCAUGCCGGCCGGAAUCUGCAGGAUGGUGGAUCCCGUCGAGGGGCUCGAGAAGCUGGAGUGUGAGGCAUGCGGAAAGCUCUUCUCCAACAUCCUGAUCCUGAAGAGUCACCAGGAGCACAUCCACCAGGCCUUCUUCCCGUUCCCCUCUUUGGAGAGAUUCGCCAAGGAGUACAGGGAGCAGUAUGACAAACAGUACCCGCUAAGGCCUCAGACCCCUGAGACGGCACCACCUCCCCCUCCUCCACCUCCACCUCCUCCGCCUCCGCCCCAACCACAGCGGGCCCCCACCCCGAACGUCCCCGUGUCCACCCCGUCUCUGACGCCGCCCGCCGCCCCUCCUUCACAGCCCCCGGUUUCCAUGGCGCAAAUCUCCAUGCCGAUGGACCUGCCUCUCUUCUCCCCCCUCAUGAUGCAGUCCAUGUCCCUGCAGUCUUUGCCCUCUCAGCUGCCCUCGGUGGAGUCCGGCCUGGCCAACGACCUGGCCCAGCUCUACCAGCAGCAGCUUACCCCCGCCAUGCUGCAGCAGCAGCAGCAGAACAAGAGGCCGCGGACACGCAUCACCGACGACCAGCUGAGGGUCCUGCGGCAGUACUUCGACAUCAACAACUCCCCGAACGAAGAGCAGAUCAAGGAGAUGGCCGACAAGUCGGGCCUGCCCCAGAAGGUCAUCAAGCACUGGUUCCGCAACACCCUUUUCAAAGAGCGUCAGCGCAACAAGGAUUCACCGUACAACUUCAACAACCCUCCCAUCACCACCCUGGAGGACACCAAAGUUGAUUCCAAGCCGCCGUCCCCUGAGCCCCAGAGACAUGAGUAUUACGGAAGCAAGAGGUCCUCAAGAACAAGGUUCACUGAUUACCAGCUUCGGGUGCUGCAAGAUUUCUUUGACGCCAAUGCCUACCCUAAAGAUGAUGAAUUUGAGCAGCUUUCCAACCUGCUGAGUCUGCCCACCCGGGUCAUUGUCGUGUGGUUCCAGAACGCCCGGCAGAAGGCCCGCAAGAACUACGAGAACCAGGGAGACGGGUGCAAGGAAGGGGAGCGUCGCGAGCUGUCCAACGACCGUUAUAUCCGCACCACGAAUCUGAACUACCAGUGCAAGAAGUGCAGCCUGGUCUUCCAGCGCAUCUUCGACCUCAUCAAGCACCAGAAGAAGCUGUGCUACAAAGACGAGGACGAGGAAGGGCAGUACGACAGCCAAAACGAGGACUCGGUGGAUCUCUCGAACGAAUACUACACCCCGUCUGGCUCCUCCUGCCACACGCCCAUGCCCUCCUCCUCCAGCCUGUGCCCCCUGCCCCCGUCCACUUCGGCCUUCUCCCAGUUGGCCUCUUCCUCCGAGAGAGAGGAGGCCUCCCCCGCCAACACGUCGAACGCGUUCGGCGAGAAGCCCAAGCACUCGGCCGAGACGCCGCCCGCGAAGCCGCGGGAGAACCAGGUGACCGUCAAGCAGGAGAGUCCACAGCAGCAACCGCCAGCCCUGCAGGUGGAGACACAGCAGCCCAGGCAACCUCCGCGUGAGGAGAAGGCCCAGUGCGCCCCAAAGACGCCGAAGCACCACUCCCUGUUUCCUUCCCAGCAAAAGCAGCAGUGUGGUCCCACUCUAUCGCAGGCCAGUCCCGCUCCCUCGCAGAGCUCCCACAUGUCCCUCAACCCCCUCCUCACAUCGCCCUCCCAGCAGCAGCAGCAGCAGCAGCAGCAGCAGCAGCAGCUUGCCCAGCAGUUGAUCCCUUACCAGUGUGACCAGUGCAAGCUGGGCUUCCCGUCCUUCGAGCACUGGCAGGAGCAUCAGCAGCUUCACUUCCUGACGGUGCAGAACCAGUUCAUUCACCCCCAGUUCCUCGACCGCCCCAUGGACAUGCCCUUCAUGUUGUUCGACCCCAGCAACCCCCUGCUGGCCAGUCAGCUGCUGUCCGGGGCCAUGCCGCAGAUGCCCACCAGCUCGGCCACCUCGCCCUCUACCCCCACCUCCACCAUGAACUCCCUGAAGAGGAAACUGGAGGAGAAAGCCGGCACCAGUCCCGGGGAGAACGACAGCACCCACAGCGGGGAGGAGCCCCAGCGGGACAAGCGGCUCAGGACGACCAUCACGCCCGAGCAGCUGGAGGUCCUGUACCAGAAGUACCUGCUGGACUCCAACCCCACCCGCAAGAUGCUCGACCACAUCGCCCACGAGGUGGGCCUGAAGAAGAGGGUGGUGCAGGUGUGGUUUCAGAACACCAGGGCCCGGGAGAGGAAAGGGCAGUUCCGUGCCGUCGGGCCCGCCCAGGCUCACCGCCGCUGCCCCUUCUGUCGCGCCCUGUUCAAGGCAAAGACCGCCCUCGAGGCCCACAUCCGCUCGCGCCACUGGCACGAAGCCAAGCGCGCUGGCUACAACCUCUCCCUCUCGGGCAUGUGCCCCGAUCUGGAAGGGUUGCAGUUGAAGUUGGAUCCCCUGGACAUUUCCAGCUCUCCGCAGCCCCCCCUCUCCAACAAUGACGGACAGUGCUCCUCCCUCUCGCCAGUGAGCAAACACAUGGACCUUUCUCCUCGGGGCCUGCUGAGCCCGACGUCCAUCAAGGUUGAAGGAAUGGAGGACUUUGAAAGUCCCUCCAUGUCGUCUGUGAACUUGAGCUUCGAUCCCAGCAAGUUGGACAAUGACGACUGCUCCUCUGUGAACACGGCUAUCACGGACACCACCACGGGGGACGAGGCCAACGCAGAUAACGACAGUGCAGACGCUAAGCUCAGUCAUAACAGCAGUGACUUUCUCUCCAAGUCCGGGGGGGCGCCACCUUCUGCCGAGAACGACGACCAGAUGUCUUCAGGGCUGGUGAGCCCCGCGACAAGUUACUACACCCGGGACUUUGAAAAUGAGACUAUAGUGGACUACAGUGAGAACUCAAGUCUGGCGGACCCCUGCUCACCGAGCCCUGGGGCUUCGGGAAGCAGGAGCAUCGAUAGUGGCGACCGGCCGGGCCAAAAGCGUUUCCGAACACAGAUGACCAACCUCCAGCUCAAAGUGCUGAAGUCCUGCUUCAACGACUACAGGACUCCCACCAUGCUGGAAUGUGAGGUGCUGGGCAACGACAUCGGACUCCCGAAGAGGGUGGUUCAGGUGUGGUUCCAGAACGCCCGCGCCAAGGAGAAGAAAGCCAAGCUCAGCAUGGCCAAGCAUUUCGGCAUCAACCAGACGUCCUACGAGGGACCCAAGACGGAGUGCACGCUGUGCGGGGUGAAGUACAGCGCCCGGGUGUCGGUGCGAGACCACAUCUUCUCCCAGCAGCACAUCAACAAGGUGAGGGACACCAUCGGGAGCCAGCUGGACAAGGAGAAGGAGUACUUCGACCCGGCCACAGUGCGGCAGCUGAUGGCUCAGCAAGAGAUGGACCGCAUUAAGAAAGCCAACGAGGUCUUGGGACUGGCGCAGCAGCAAGCCAUGCAGCAGCAAGGGAUUUUCGACAGCCCCGCCCUGCAGGCCCUGAACCUCUCGUCAAGCUACGGCGCUUUGCAGGGGAUCCCCCCUGUCCUUCUGCCGGGGGUUAGCAGCCCUUCCUUACCGGGGUUCACGUCAUCGAACGCAGCUUUAACGCCUCCAAAACCUCCGAACCUCCUGAGCAUGCCCGGUGCCAGUGUCCCCUCCCCCAGCCUCCCCACAUCUGGAUUACCCAACAGGCCACCCUCCUCUUCCUCCCUGGCCUCGCCCAGCCCCGGCCAGGCCACCACCUCCACGGCCCACUCCACCCCCAACCCGACCGCCACCUCCUCCACCUCCGCCUCCAACUCCACCUCCACCUCCACCUCCGCCUCCAACUCCACCUCUUCUGCCGCCCGGGCCGAACCGCCCAAAGAGCGGGAGGCCGAGAGGCACAGGGAGAAGGAGAAGCUGAGGGAGAAGACCGAGAAGCCGCCGACGCCGUCCUCCACGGGCGGCGCCCCGGCGCCCUCCACGUCCGCCGCCAGCGCCAAGAAGGAGAAGUCCGACCCGGCCGUCCCUGCCACGUCCAUGCCGACCCCGGGCAUGGAGUACGUGGUGGACCCCGCCCAGCUCCAGGCCCUGCAGGCCGCCCUGGCCUCGGACCCCACGGCUCUCCUCACCAGUCAGUUCCUGCCCUACUUCAUGCCCGGCUUCUCGCCGUACUACGCCCCCCAGAUACCCGGGGCCCUCCAGGGCGGCUACCUGCAGCCCAUGUACGGCAUGGAGAGCCUGUUCCCGUACAACCCGGCUCUGUCGCAGGCCCUGAUGGGACUGUCCCAAGGGUCCCUGCUCCAGCACUACCAGCAAUAUCAGCAGAACCUGCAGGGGGCGCUCCAGCAGCAGCAGCGGCAGCUCCAGCAGCAGCAGCAGCAGCAGCAGCAGCAGAAGCAGCCAAAGGCGAGUCACGCUCCGGCCCCGUCCAAAACCCCAGAGACCCCCGACCACAAAGAAUCUGCCAAAGAUCCAGUGAAAGCCGAACAGCAGAAAGGCACUCCCUCCUGCCAGAACUCUUCCUCCUUCGCUUCUUCCUCCUCCUCCUCCUCUUCCUCCUCUCACAAGAACCCACCCUUCGAGCCGCAAGAGGCAGGCGGCAAAGGCGCGGAGCCCGCCCUCGACCAGUACAUCGUCCCCAGAGUGCAGCACCGGCUGGCGUGUGCAAAGUGUCAAGCCGUAUUCAGCAAGGAAGAGGCGGCCAUCGGCCACCUGAAGUCCAUCUGCUUCUUCGGUCAGUCUAUGGCGAACCUGCAAGAGAUGUUGCUUCGAGUCCCCGGCAGCGGUGGGAGUACGGGCGAGGGUGGCCUGUACGACUGCCUGGCGUGCGACACCACGCUGGACGGGGAGAAAGCGCUCAGUCAACACCUGGAGUCGGCCUUGCACAAACACAGAACAAUCAAGCGAUCAGCCAGAAAUGCCAAAGAGCACGCUUCUAGUUUAUUACCUCACUCUUCAGCCCGCUUCCCCGAUCCUAACACCACAUCUACCUCGCAGUCUGCCUCCCACAGUAACAGCAGCCCCCCUCCCCCUCCGCCGACGACCGCGACACACGCAGCCACGCCGUCCCCUCCCGCCUCUUCGUCCUCCUGCUCAUCUUCCUCCGCGGCCGCCACGCCCCCACACAACGCGGCCGCCGCCGCCACCUCCGCCGCCGCCACCUCCGCCGGCGCCGCCAGCAAACCCUGGCCCCAGGCCCACGUCUCCAGAGCUUCAGCUGGGAAGCCCAACGCGGCCUCUCCCUCCCGUUCCUCCCCUCAUUCUUUUCCUCCAGUGUCCUCACCUUCAACUGUUACCUCAAGUUCCUUGAGCACCUCAGGGGUUCAGACCUCGAUACCAACAGACGUCUUAACCGACGAGCGUGAGUCUGGCAGGGGUCAGAGGUCGGACAGGCCGGGACGGCCGGCUGAGGAGCCGCUGCCGCCCGGCUGUCUCAAAGACAGUAGUAGUUGUAGUAGUACUCUUGCUAGCUUAGGAACGGACUCCCUCCGAUUGUAAAAGAGCUUUCAACAACGAUGGACAAUAUUUAAAAAAUGUAAAAAAAAAAAAACUUAAAAAAAAGACAAAAAAAAGAAACCAACAAAAGAAAAAAAAGACAAAAAAAAGCAGCGAUGUUAAAAAAAAAAAAUGUUUAAAAAUAUACAAACCAAUUUCAGAAGAAAAGAUGUGUAAAGAUUAACUGCAAUUCCAAAGCUUGUAACCAAAAAUUAAAUGUUAAUGGAUUGUUUUCCCAUAUCAACAUGCUGGUUUACGUUGAUUACAUUGAACUAAAAUAUAUAUUUAAAUAUAUAUAGCUAAAAUAAAGUGACUGCAGUUAAGUUUUGGAUAUUGAUAGCAGAAUGCUGUACAGCAAUGGACUGCCUCAAACAGCCCCUUGUCCCUGAAAAUAAUGAAUUAACACGUCGUCCCUUGUUUGUUUAAUUACGCCCACUUAAUAGCACAGAAACAAAAGCCAGUAUGCACUGUAUGGGAGAAUAGUCUUACAUUUCCAGUUUUCUUGCUAUCUAAGCAUUCAGAUACCAAUGGCUUGCUAAAAUAAGAAAAAUAAUGUAAUGUCUAUUUUAUUCUCAGGUCAACAGCUCACAACCUUUUUAUUCUGUUACAGAAAUUCAUUGUUUUUUUGUUUUUGUUUUGUGUUCCUAACAGAAGUAGGAAACUUUAUUUUUGGCUAUUAAUUUAACUGGCAGAAAGUAUUAAGAGAGAAAAUCUCAUGAAGGUGUAGCUUUCUGGGGAUUCAAAAGGGUAGCUGAUCUGCUGAUUUUAAACAUUAAAAAUCGUUUUAAAAGGGGAGGGCAAACCCCGCCCACAUCACCCAGGCACGGAGAGUAUUGCAGACUUGUUGGUGGGGAGAAAAAAAGAUUUUUUAAAGUAAAAAAAAAAAAAAAAAAAAAAAAAAACUUUCUGUAUUUAUGAUAGAUAUGAACAUUUUUGGUGUUAAGUAGAUUGUUGCAUUGGAAAUGAAUUUAAACAGUAUGGUAGACUGAAAAAAAUAUUUGUGUAUAUUUAGCUUUUGUAUCGUCCAACUUAAAAGGCGGUUCAUUUGAUGUUGUCUUGGUCAUUCCGAUAGACUAGAACGAGGAGCAGUGACAGAUCUGCUCCUUACUUCUGUUUUAUUCUUCGCUGUUUGGCUGUCAUUCGCCCAGCUGUCAUUCUCUGACUUGGCGGGAUCUAUCCUUGCGUUUGUAUCGUUUUCUUCCCCCCCCUCCUCCCCCCCCUCCCCCCCCCUUUUUCUUUUCUUGGUCGAUACAAUAGUGACAAAAAAAAAAGGAAAAAAAUUCUGGGGUGAAAUGUUUGAAGAAAAUGUUUUAUUAUUUUUGUGUUACCUUUGUGCACUUAUCACUGUCGGACUGUUUCUCUGUUUUUCUCUCUUUCCCUCGGUUCUCUCUCCCUGCGCUUGUAGAUCCGGAGCUCUGCGCUCUGGCGCUACGGAGCGGAUAAACUUCGUUUCUUGUGUAGUGUGGCUGCAGCCUUCCCAGGUUUAUUUUUUCAUAAGAACUUUUCCAUGUUGUCAUAGAUGAAAAUGAAAAAUAAUAAUAUUAAUAGUAAUAUUAAUAAUAAUAAGUCUCACGCUUUAAAACAAAAAGAGUAUCCAAAGACAAAAUACUUUCACCAUUGGUGCAUAAAGAUGAGCAGAAGAGGCUUCUUUAUACUUGAUAAUUUGUUGUUUUUAAAGAAAAGGAAAAACAAAGUUUUAAAAUAAAGGAGUAGGUGUCAGAGUUGCCCUUUUUGCUUCAUUGCAAGCAGACGGAUGGCUUUAAACGUAAAACAACAAGAAUACCAAAAACCAAAAAAAGGCCCCUGUCUUUGCGUUGUGGAGUAGCGCGCGAGAGAGCCAUUGCUGUUUGUACGAUAAAGGUUGAAAAGCUCUUCGUCUCACCGUGUCACACACACACAAACACACACGUUUUUUAAAGCAAAUGGUUAAGGUCUGGUCUUCGAGGACAUAAGUUUUGCUGCUAAUGUAGUUUUUGAAAAGAGAAUACCUAGAUUGCAUGCUCAUUUUGCUUUAUUGGCUAAGCUUUAACAACAGACAAUAAAUGGUUUAUCACACCUCAAUAUCCUUUUCUGUUCUUGUUACAAAACGGAGCUUUGAAGACUGUGAAUACUUGUUCCAAAGGAUGGUUUGGCUUACAUUUAGUUCGUUUUUUUUGUUUGUUUGUUUUUUUGGAGCAGACCAAUAUUGAAAGCCAAUGAUCUAUAUUGUACAGAACAGUGCAUUCCAAAUACAACAUCAGUUUGUUUUUGUUUUUUUUGUUUGUGUUCAAGCAAGGACUGAUUUUCGUAUUCCUUCUGUUAUUUAAAAAGGUCACUGUAAGCUUUUUCGUCCCUGAUUGCAGUGAUAUAUGGACUCCUAGUUCACUAACACAGAUCUGGCGUGCGGAGUUGAGAAUGUUAGAUUACUCACUCGCGAAGAAUACUUUAGACUAAUCGUGGUGACCAGAAUAUUAUGUACAUAGCAUAGGUCUGAUUCUCGCCCGCCAUCUCGCCAGUUUAAUGUUCUCGUCCCUCUCAGCUGCCAACAAGUCAGUGAAGGAACUCAAGGUUGAUUGGACAGGAAGUGGUGGGCUUCCUGGAUUAACUAUCGCAGGUGUCCGUAGGCCGUUCGUCCGUCCAUACCCCCUCCAUAAUCCGGAGAUGCAGUCCUCGUCCCAAAGUAUUGAAAGGAAGGAGCCAAGCUAACACUUUUUUUUGGGUUUGAUGAAGAUGUCCCUUUGUGGUUGAAACUUUAGGAGUGCGUACCUGCCUUCACGCCCAAAGAGGUCCGUCACUUCUGCCGUUUGCAGUCGCAAUGGUUGUUCUCAAAGAAUAUAUCCUCCCCUUCCCAGAAACAAAUGUACAAAACUCAUUAUUAUUAUUAUUAUUAUUUCUUUGCACCAAGACAUAUUGAAAUGUGUGUAACUGCUCUUUGACCACACCUGUACAGCAUUCGGCCUACUCCGAACAUUGGCACACCUCAGGAGGGUGUUAAGUGUUGCAUCUUGCAGAAACGUGAUUUUGUGUCGAUACUUUGCUUGCAGUAGAGAUCUGAUCUGCAAACGUGCCACUCUUCUCAACUCCAGUUCUCUGAAAGAAAAAAAGAAAUUGUUCAUAUGAUUAUUUUUAAGAAUCCUAAUGUUGUACAGUUUAUUCUUGAAUUCUUGAAAAUGCGGUUUUUCUGUUUUUUUUUGUCUUCAAAUAAUGUCACAGACAUUGUUUUUUCAUAUAACUAUUUGUAUGUUAUUUAGGUUUCUGUAUAUUACUUUUUCCUCAUAUAAAUUAACAUGUAACACUAGCUUUAAAUCUGAAUUGCUGAAGCUUCUUCUUUUUUUAAAAUCUUUAUACUACUCUGACCUGGCCACUUUAUAAUGUGAUAAAGAUCCAUUACUUGUUUGCAUUUUUUAAAUUCUUUUUGAACUCUACUUUCCAGAUCUUCUGUUCUAGGCUCUUCAGCUGUUGCAGCUUGCAUGGAUUGUGUGAGGUUGUGUGUUCUAUUUGGUUGUGUAUGUUUGUGUGUUCUAAGAGCCGGCAUGUUUUUUUUUAAUUAUUUGAUACUUUUUCACACCAAAAUUACUGAACCGAAAAUAUAAAUUUAAACAAGAUAUUGAAUAUGAUAAAACUGGGAUUUCAAAGGAAACCAUAAUCAUAAAUAAUGAGGAUGAUAGUUGAGCGCUGAGCAGUCUUUUUAAAUUGAAUUUGUAAUGUGGCCAAAGCUUUAUACAGCUGCAAACGGGCAGAACACACAAACACGUGUGUAUUUUACUGUGGCACAACACGUCGGGCAACAGCUGGCAUGGUUACGAAAGCAUCAAUUCAAACUUGAUUUUCACCAACAGUUAAAGAAAAGGAGAUUGGGAGAUGGUGUUUGCCGUAGUCAUCUUCCCGCCUGCCUCUCCCCCCACUGUGAAAAUGAACAUGUAUACAGAUAUAGAUAUAUUUAAAACAACAGUUUUUUCUUUUCUUUUUUCUUUUUUUUUUUUAAAGGGAAAAAAAAAAAAAACUCUGGGAGCUUUCUGUAUCGUUGGGAGAGUUCACACUGGCGUGAAUGAGCGGCCAUUUUGUUUGGCGGCGGGCGGCCAUUUUGUUUGGCGGCGGGCGGCCCUGAGACCAGCUGGUCAUGGCAGCCCGAGGCACAGGUAAUGGUGGCUGAGAUACCAAGUCAGUUAUUCACUGUAGGCAGUUCUGGGAAGGGGACGGGACUCCUGAUCCAGUGGUGGACAUGAAACGGCACGGAGAAUCUUGAAAAGCCAAACUACAGUAGCUGGAAACGCUAUUUCCACGCUUUCUCUCUCUCUCUGUCUCUCUCUCUCUCUCUCUCUCUCUCUCUCUCUCUCUCUGUCCAGGUCCGCUCUCCAGCUUUAAUUUUUUCCGCGUCGGGGCGGAGGAGGGUGGGCCGAGACACUUGCCUCCAUUUUCACCGUCCGUAUCGUUGAUAGCUACCUGUCCUCCAUCACUCUGGUCUCUCUCUCUUCCUCUCUUCCUCUCUCUCUUUCUCUCUUCCUCUCUCUCUCUCAGACACACACACACACACACACACACACAGAGUCAACCAAACGAACCACAAAAAAAAACCUGUUUCUCUAUGAAAGGGGGUGUGUUUUUUUCUAAGCUGUAAUUCUCAAAGAAAGCAGUUAGAAUUUUAUUUUUCUUUUAAAAAGCAAAGCAACCAAAAUUAACAACCAAACUUAACAACCAAACCACUUUGCUCCAGUUUGUAAGAUGAACUGCUGUGAGGAGCCCCCCCUCCCCCCAAAUCCCUUGUGACUCCUGGUGCCACAAUGAUUUUUGUUUUGUUUUGUUUUUUUAACGCAUUAUUUUUUUCUGGUUUUAAUUUUUGUUUUCUUGAAUUACUCCUCCUCUGAGCCUGACAGAAAGGCCCGGAGGCUCCAGUUAGCCCACCUGAGGGUAGAAAAAACAGCCUUGCAAUGUACAAAAAACGGCAAGUUAAACCAAAAAUGUUGUUCUUGAUGUCUUUUCUAUACUGUAGUCUUGUUAGCUUUUUUUUGUUACUGUAAUUAUAUGAUGAAGAUUUCCAAACUGCACCAAAUUACAUGGAGACUAACAUACAAAAACCACGUGGAAUUUCACUUUUAAAAAGAAACUUUUGUCACAAAGAUCUUGUUGUCCUAGUUAAGUUGAUUGUAGAUGGUAAUUGAAUAUACUCCUUUGAAAAUAUUUCAUCAAGUAUGUUUCUUGCUCAUUGUGAUACAUUAAAAAAGUAUGAGCAAAAA